CAGUGUUCAAAAUUAGGACCCAUACUUCUGCAUCCGCCAAUGUUCUUAAUGAAAAAGUGCUUCCGGCGUCACUCUUCCUCUUUUCGUCUGGAUCGGGCCGUCAUCAUGGUAUGGAACUCCACCACUAAUAUACUUUUAAAAAAGAUCAACUGUAAUCUUCAAACUAUACAUUCAAUUGUUACAUUUGAAAGUACCCAAUGUGUGAAUGCAAUGGUUAGGGACAUGUAUAGGCCAUUAUUAGUGAUUUUAUCUGUAUAUCUCCCCCAAAAGUUGCCUAUAUACAAAACUCGAGCGAAUGGCUACGCUUCGGGGAUUGUAUCGCUAACUACCUAGGUAGUUAAUGAUGGCAGUGACAGUCUCGUAUUGAAAUUGCCCGUUUUACUGUGUUCUUGGCAAUAUAAUAAAGUUGGUGUUCACAUUUUAUAAAUGCAUCAUUGCCAAAUACCUUUCAAAAUUGUAACAUAGUAAAUGUAUUAUAAGCUGGCUACCAAGUAGUGCUGGCCUAUGAUGCGUGCUAUCAAGGCGAUCCUGUUGUGUAACAAUAGAGCUAGCUGCUCACACCAAAGGGAUUGUUGGUAGAGUUGAUUAUACAACUUUUUGAGUCAACAACACUAAACGUGUGUACAUGUAGUCGUUGGAACAAAAAUGCUACAUAGAUGGUGAAAAGGCUCUUGGCCGGCCGGUAAGUUAGCCACCUACCUGAAUACUUUUGAAGAGGUUUCCAAAAUUAAAAUCACUUGGAGCAGAUUUGCUGGUGUGUUUAGCGUUUUAAGUCCAACAAUAAUAAUGUAAAAUAAUUGAGGAAAAAGUUAUUGUAUUUGAGAUUUCUGCACCCCACGGAAGGAUCGCAGUUGUAUAGUAUAAACAUAACUACUGGUAAUUGUUUUCAGAAUUUGUGACAUUUUUACAUGUACGGACUGCUGGUGACUCAAUGUUGUUGAUAGAAAAUCUCACAACCAGUUAUCCAAACUCCACUCUGCCUUGAUAUGAGAACGGAGUUGAGCGUUCCUCGGCUAGUAGCCCCCUAGGUUGAAUGGUAGUGACCUGACCCCCAUGCUGGAUAUUUGCUGUGAAGCCCAGUGCCUCAUUGAGUGACACAAUUUGAAUGAAGAGGUACUUGAAAUGUACCAUACUGCAGCACUUUGUCAGUAUACAUUAUAAAUCUGUGUGAUUCAGGUGAACGUGCCGAAGACACGCAGGACCUACUGCAAGAAGUGCAAGAGGCACCAGCUUCACAAAGUUACCCAGUACAAGAAGGGAAAGGAUUCCCUCUACGCACAGGGUGAGUUUCAGUCUCAAAAUGAGCAUUGGCAGAUGUGAUGACCAUAUGAUGUAGUAUAGACUGCCAGGUGUUUCAAGAUAAAUAAUUGAUGUACGAUCUGUGUUUUAGGUAAGAGGAGAUAUGACAGAAAGCAGUCCGGUUACGGUGGACAGACCAAGCCUAUUUUCCGCAAAAAGGUAAGCUUGCAAAGCUUUGUGUGUACUGGGUACGUUACCUAAAGGUACCUUAUAUCAGUGGUUCAACUUUCCUAACCUUGAAGAACCCCAACAGUACAGUUAUGUUGUCCUGUGGGUCUGGGGCAACAUACAGUGCCUUGCAAAAGUAUUCAUCCCCCUUGACAUUUUUUCCUAUUUUGUUGCAUUACAACCUGUAAUUUAAAUAGAUUUUUAUUUGGAUUUCAUUUAAUGGACAUACACAAAAUAGUCCAAAUUGGUGAAGUGAAAUGAAAAAAAUAACUUGUUUCAAAAAUUCUAAAAAGUAAAAAAAGUGGUGCGUGUAUAUGUAGUUUGGAGCUCUCCAAACAGGUCAGGGACAAAGUUGUGAAGAAGUACAGAUCAGGGUUGGGUUAAAAAAUUUUAUCAGAAACUUUGAACAUCCCAAGGAGCACCAUUUAAAUCUAUUAUUAAAAAAAUGGAAAGAAUAUGGCACCACAACAAACCUGCCAAGAGAGGGCCGCCCCCCACCAAAACUCACGGACCAGGCAAGGAGGGCAUUAAUCAGAGCGGCAACAAAGAGACCAAAGAUAUCCCUGAAGGAGCUGCAAAGCUCCACAGCGGAGAUUGGAGUAUCUGUCCACAGGACCACUUUAAGCCGUACACUCCACAGAGCUGGGCUUUAUAGAAAGGUGGGCAGAAAAAAGCCAUUGCUUAAAGAAAAAAAUAAGCAAACACGUUUGGUGUUCGCCAAAAGGCAUGUGGGAGACUCCCCAAACAUAUGGAAGAAGGUACUCUGGUCAGAUGAGACAAAAAUCGAGCUUUAUGGCCAUCAAGGAAAACGCAAUGACUGGCGCAAACCCAACACCUCUCAUCACCCCGAGAACACCAUGGCAGCAUCAUACUGUGGGGAUAUUUUUAAUCGGCAGGGUCUGGGAAACUGGUCAGAAUUGAAGGAAUGAUGGAUGUUGCUAAAUACAGGGAAAUUCUUAAGGGAAACCCGUUUGUCUUCCAGGGAUUUGAGACUGGGACGGAGGUUCACCUUCCAGCAGAACAAUGACCCUAAGCGUACUGCUAAAGCAACACUUGAGUGGUUUAAGGGGAAACAUUUAAAUGUCUUGGAAUGGCCUAGUCAAAGCCCAGACCUCAAUCCAAUUGAGAAUCUGUGGUAUGACUUAAAGAUUGCUGUACACCAGGGGAACCCAUCCAACUUGAAGGAGCUGGGGCAGUUUUGCCUUGAAGAAUGGGCAGAAAUCCUAGUGGCUAGAUGUGCCAAGCUUAUAGAGACAUACCCCAAGAGACUUGCAGCUGUAAUUGCUGCAAAAGGUGGCUCUACAAAGUAUUGACUUUUUUUUGGGGGGGGGGGUUCAGUUUUUUUUUUGUCUUAUGUCUUGUUUGUUUCACAAAAAAAAUAUAUUUUACGCCUUCAAAGUGGUAGGCAUGUUGUGUCAAUUAAAUGAUACAAACCCCCCCCAAAAUCCAUUUUAGUUCCAGGUUGUAAGGCAACAAAUAUAGGAAGAAUGCCAAGGGGGGUGAAUACUUUCGCAAGCCACUGUACCUGCACUGUUGGUUACUCAAGGAAAGGAGUUGAACCACUGAAAUAUCUUACAAAUGUGUACUGUUGGUGCAGGCCGUUGUCAGCGAGGCUUGGCCUGUAGUGGCUUUGUCCUUUCCUAAGGUGUCUGCUAGAGAGAACUGAGAUGGUUUGAGGCCCUGCUGUGUCUCCUCCAUGGCAAGGUUAUAGGUAAACCUCAGACAACUUGAUUUAAUGAACACUUUAUUUCCCGUUUACUUCUGCACCUACAUAUAAUACAGUAUUGACAAUGUUUUUACACUCCAGAAAAUGAAAAGGUGUUGAGGGUACUACUUUGAGCUCUGAAGUUGAGAAAUGCAAGGCAACGCUCUGAUUAUCCACCCUUCUCCCAAAUUGAGCACUUGAACACGCCCCCUCAUGGAUUUGAAAGAAAUGCAUGGAAACUUAUUCUAGCCGUGUUUGCACCAAUCCAAUGGUUAAUGCAUGAUGGGGAGUGAACGAGAACGCACUUCAGGAGAAGGGUAGAUCAUCAGAAUCAAAUAAAAAUGUACUUGUCACAUGCGCCGAAUACAACAGGUGUAGACCGUACAGGGAAAUGCUUACUUACAAGCCCUUAACCAACAAUGCAGUUUUAAGAAAAAUGAGUGUUAAGUUAAAAAUAGAAUGCCGCUGCCUUGUCAUGUGUGCAUGGAUCCUGGACUGUGGUAACAUGGAUUCUCUCCUCAGGCCAAGACCACAAAGAAGAUCGUGUUGAGGCUGGAGUGUGUGGAGCCCAACUGCAGGGCCAAGAGAAUGGUGCCCAUCAAGAGAUGCAAACACUUUGAGCUGGGAGGUGACAAGAAGAGAAAGGUAAGCUUAAACUCCAGCCAAGUAGUGCAACACAGAUGUUCCUGGCCCAUGUUUAUUCUGCAUGUGGAAAGGGCUGUGAAUUUGUUCCACAGCCAUGAAAAGCAAUGUGUAUAGACGGUGCAUUCGGAAAGUAAAGGGUCUGAAUACUUAUGUGAAUGUCAUAUUUCGUUUUUUUUUUAAUGAAAUGUGAAAGUUUUUCUAAAAACCUGUUUUUGCUUUGUCGUUAUGGGGUAUUGUGUGUAGAUUGAUGGGGGGGGGGGCAAUUUAAUCCAUUUUAGAAUAAGGCUGUGGGAAAAGUCAAGGGGUCUGAAUACUUUCCGAAUGCACUGUACCAGGGGUAUUCAACUCUUACCCUACGAGGUCCGGAGCCUGCUGUUUUUUCUGUUCUGCCUGAUCAUUAAACGCACCCACCCGGUAUCCCAGGUCUAAAUCCAUUCUUGGUUAGAGGGGAACAAUGUAAAAUAAGCAGUGGAACUGGCUUUGAGGUCCAGAGUUGCAUUUGAUGGGUGUAUGGUUUCUGGAUGUCUAAAUUACGUUUAGUGUUAUCGUUGGUGACAUUUGACAAUGUUCAACUAUCCUUGAUACACCUCGGAUCUCUUCCACUUUAGAUCGUUGCUCAAUAGAACAUUUAGUCAAUUCCAAAAAUGCAUGCUUCCUCUGAACUCGGUUAUUAGACUACCUGGAGAGGAAUUGACAAUAGCAGUCUGAAGGCCCUCACUGGCCGAACGUAUGCUGCUCUUGAACUGUUUGGAUUUUAGAUAUGCUCUAACAAGUUGUAUUAAUUAAGUUGUCAAAUUGAAAGAUGUGAUUGGAUUCAGAAGUGGUGUUUGUAUUUUUCAUUGUGGAAAGGUGAAUAGUUUCAAUGUGCUGUUUGAAUAUCUGAGCUGCCUUGUAACCUUGUUUUUUUCCUUUCAGGGCCAGGUCAUCCAGUUCUAGGCUGUGGGUCGAUCUAUUGGAUGGACUUGUCAUUUUUUCCCAAUAAAUGUAUUGAAAUUGUA